CGGCACUGCAAUCUUAUUGAACGUUUUGAGAGGAGAGGAGGAGACUGCUUCACUCUUCACAUUACUUGUCAGCAGGGACAUAGAUGUUCGCAGUUGAAAAACGUCGUUGGUGAAUAAUUAUUGUUUGUAGUCUUUGGCUGGUCCAAAACUAAUUAUUUUAGUAUAACUAUCAGUAGCAAAGUAACAUUUUUUAUAUUCAUUGGACCAAUAGCUAGCACCUACUAGCUAGCUCCACGGCAGUUAGCUAGGUCGGUGAGCCUAUCUACUAAAAUACCAAAACAUUAUUAUUUUUAGUAUGAACUCUUCUAAAUUCAGCUAUUUCAUAUUGAUAACUAGCCAGAUAAAACAUAUUGCGCGAUUUCACAACAAAUCCAUCGACUUGAAGCAAAAUAAAGGUUAACUAACUAGUAUUUGUGCGCAUCGCGAAAUCGCAACAAAGAAAACGUUUUUGUUUUGCAGAAUCAGGUGGCUAGCUGGUUGCUAACUGUGUUCGAGUAAACAACGAGGUUCUCCGCCAAACAUUAACAAGAUUAGCUCGUUUGCUAUUUUACCAUGGCGCAACAUGGUCCGACUCACGUAGCAAGCUCACAAAAAGCAUUAAUGUUAGAAAUGAAGAGCCUUCAAGAGGAGCCAGUCGAGGGCUUCAGAAUAACAUUGGUUGACGAGGCAGAUUUAUACAAUUGGGAAGUGGCCAUUUUUGGACCUCCUAACACUCACUAUGAAGGAGGGUAUUUCAAGGUAAGUCAGCUUGUUUUGCAAAUAUGUAACAUACACAAAUGCUAUUUUCCUAGUUUAUAUUGUUCACUAGCUAGCCAUCAUUACUAAUGGACAACUACGUUGUUGGCUUCCGUUAGUAGUAACGUUAGGCCCGUGAAAAACGUGACAUCGCAUCUGCUUUCUAUUGAUGCAGCCUGCAGUGACAAGCAGUACUGUUUAGUGUCAAACCUGUGUCAGGGUCACGCUGUUGUUGCUCUCUAGGAUGGUCUACUCAGCACUGGGUUGCGACAUCAGGAUUACCAUUGAAUCCGGUUAGGUAGUUUAGGCCCCACAGACGCAUGUUAGGACAUGUUGCUGACAUAUUUGCUUCUCUCCCUGUGUCCCACAGGCUCGUAUCAAGUUCCCCAUUGACUACCCCUAUUCACCACCUGCUUUCCGUUUCCUCACCAAGAUGUGGCACCCCAACAUCUAUGAGGUAAGAAGAGAUCACUGACCCAAUUCUAGAAAAAUACAUUAAACUCCAUGUAAUUAAUUUUCAAACACAUUUUGUGGUGUUAAUCUAAAUUUCUCUCCAUCUUUUUAUGUGGCCUAAUCCUAGUCACACCUGCAAUUUGUGAUCUUAAACUUGUUUGUAUUAAUUUUAGCCUCUCCCUUGUUAGAAUGGGGAUGUGUGUAUAUCCAUUCUGCACCCUCCAGUUGAUGAUCCUCAGAGUGGGGAGCUGCCCUCUGAGAGGUGGAACCCUACCCAGAAUGUUAGGUACACAUCUCAGCAUGUUCUCUCACCCCCUCCCCUUCUCUCACCCCCUCCCCUUCUCUCACCCCUCCUCUUCUCUCACCCCUCCUCUUCUCUCACCCCCUCCCCUUCUCUCACCCCCUCCCCUUCUCUCACCCCUCCUCUUCUCUCACCCCCUCCCCUUCUCACCCAGCAUGUUCUCUCACCCCCUCCCCUUCUCCUUGCAUGUUCUCUCACCCCUCCCUCCCCCUCUGUUUCUUUCAGUUUGCUUCUGUUUAAGAAACGUUUUGCAACAGAAUCGGCGGAAUUAAUACACCCCUGCUCUCCCUCCGCUUACUGUAUCACUCUCCCGUCUAUCUAUCACGCUCCCUUUUCAUCCCCUCUUUCUCUGUCCCUCUCCUCUACGCCCCCGCUCUCCUGUUGUGCUGUGUCACUCAUACCCAGAUCACAUGACACUUGUCCAUCUGGCUUCAGUGGAACCUCUCCAGGACUUCCUGGAUCAUGAACAGAACGCCUGUUACACUUUAGUUUAUUUUCUGUCUGACCCAGUAAUGUGGAUACUAUUAAGUCAUGUUGACAAACAUUUGUUUCUGUCAGUUCUUAAAUUAGAAGUUGUAGGUCUUAUUUUUACCAGCACCAUUUGAGGUUUAUAUCAACAUCGACAGGUUGACAUAUUUCAGAAAUUGUACUUUGGAGAAAUAGCCUUUAUCCCACAGAGCAGGAUCAAUGAGUCAACCAGCUAACAUUGAUAGACACUGCUUGGUGCUUCUUUCUGACAUCCAACCCUGUGUCUCCUGUAGAACCAUCCUUCUGAGUGUCAUCUCUCUGCUGAACGAGCCCAACACCUUCUCCCCGGCCAAUGUGGAUGCCUCCGUCAUGUACCGCAAGUGGAGGGACAGCAAGGGCAAGGACAGAGAGUACGCAGAGAUCAUUCGGUAGGUACACACACAAAGGACAAAGUGUUGCAUACAUCAAAUCAAAUGUAUUGGUCACAUACACAUGGUUAGCAGAUGUUAUUGCGAGUGUAGCGAAAUGCUUGUGCUUCUAGUUCCGACAGUGCAGCAAUAUCUAGCAAGUAAUAUCUAACAGUUAUACAACAAAAACCUAAUACACACAAAUCUAAGUAAAGGAAUGCAAUAAGAAUAUAUAAAUAUAUGGAUGAGCAAUGUCAUUAUCAGUGGCUUAGUCUAAGAUGCAAUAGAUAGUAUAGAAUACAGUAUAUACAUAUGAGAUGGGUAAAGCAAGAUAUGUAAACAUUAAAGUGACAUUAUUAAAAUGACUAAUGUUCCAUUUAUUAAAGUGGCAAUUUUCAGGUCUGUAUGUAGGCAGCAGCCUCUCUGUGCUAGUGAUGGCUGUUUAACAGUCUAAAGGCCUUGAGAUAGACACCAAGGACAGAGAGUACAGCGCACACACACACAAUUAUUUAUCCUCUCUAUCUCACUGUCUUUCAGGAAGCAGGUGUUGGCCACUAAUGCUGAGGCGGAACGUGACGGGGUGAAGGUCCCCACCACACUGGCCGAAUACUGUGUCCGCACUCGUGCCCCGCCCCCUGACGAGGGCUCCGAUCUCUUCUAUGACGAUUACUAUGACGACGAGGAUCUGGAGGAUGAAGACGACUGCUGCUACGAUGAAGAUGACUCUGGGACGGAGGAGUCGUGACGCGUCCCAAUUGUGAACCUGGACGGCUGACGCAUGUGCUCCCUGACCUCUCCUCCCAUCGGAGAGACAGUUCUGAAAGGACUACUUCACGUAUUUUAAACCUCUCACUUUUUCUAUCCACAGAUGGCAAGUGGUAUUCCCCCUCAGUUUCUUCUCAGAAUCGAAGCACACUUAGGUUGGGCCUGGUGUGCACAGUUUUCUACCAGUGCAAAGGCUGCACCUGUUAUUUUCAGAAAGGAUUGACUAAAAUAAAGCAAAAAAUGACAUGCUACCUUAUGACCUUGUUUGACUAUCUGUAUACAAUUUUUUUUUUUAAAGGUGUCAACUUUGCACAGGUGAAAGCACUUGGUAAAUCAGGCCCAUAAAUUAAUCUCUCACUUGUUAAGUUUCACUUCAACUUGCCGCCUCUUUCUAGUUCACUCACACCUAUAGCCUUCAUUGACUGAACAGGCGACUGAAGACCUCCACCUGUCAUGGUAUCUGUGUGAGCGACACACCACUGAACUUACAGCAGAACUUAUUUAUCUCCAAGAUGAGGUUCUGUCUGGCUUCUCUCCACCCUUACAUUUUUGUGCGAGGAAAACCGACUCGAUACUUUUUGCAACAUGGUGUUUCUGCAUGUCAGACAUCUUGGACGCGUAAAAUGUUCUCUUACAGAUGGAUCAUUGCUUGUGUCGUCAUAUUGGUUUGAUUUAAUUUAGAAAAAGACUUGUGAUCAUGGAAACGCUAAUGACUUCUCUCUGGGGGACCCCAGGUUGAGCUUAAGCUGUGGCCCAAACCCAGUUUUAAAAUUUUAACAGCGUUUCAACUUUUCGCUGGCUUAGCCGUAACUAUGAGGUGUUGUUCUCUGUCGUUUGAAAGUGGAGUGUGUGUGAUUCUAAAGCGCUCAACGAAACGAUGCUGCGGCAACCCGUUCUCCUGCAUCUGGACAGAAUCCCUUCAGAGACCCCUUUCUCAAGGUUCUCCUCUGCAAAGCAGGAUAGAGCCAGAAACCUCAACUAGUCUUUGGUGGAGCCCAACUGUAUGGAGAGAGAAAAAAAGUUAGCUGUAUGUGUUUAGCAGCUUAAUAGUUUGCUCUGUUUGCUGUUUGUUGUUUUAUUAUCCUCCUUUCAUUGAGAAUUAUGCCUGUAGUCUUUGUUAGAGAAUGGGUUGAUGUUGGUGGGUUUCUGUAGGAAGAUUGUAUCUCUGUUCAAAAUAUGUUGUGGCAGUAUCAGUCAGCAAGUCUUUGGAAUUGGGAAAGAAAAUGUCAGCCAUUUUUGUUUUUACUUAUUUAUUUUGUGUGUGCUGCUGGGGGUGGGGGAUGCUAUCAUGAAUCUCCAAGCAGAGGUGUGUUUGCGUGUGUGUAUCAGCAUUUAUUCUAAUUUGGCUUAAUUUAACUUUAUCUCAGGAUAUUUAGGAAUGAGGAAAAAUAUAUAAUUUUAAGAUGGUAAAGUGUCUCUAUUACCUGGUGGGCUUCAGAGAUGGUUUACAGUAACAUGUACCUUUACUGAUAUGCACAUGUGGCUAUAUGGACAAUCACUUUUUCAUUUUAUUUACAUGUAUGUGUUUUUUUUGUCUAUUUAAAACAAAAAAUAAAGAACUUUAUUGGAAAACAA